GCCUCAUGCUGCAAAGCCUCAUGCUUUGUCGGGACCCCUCUCUCGGCUAGCUUAACUGCACUUGUCUCUCCUCUCCACUCCACCAUCCGGGCCGGCCAUCACCAUGAUCGAUGAGCGGAGCAACCUAGGCCGGCUGGCAGAGUGGUAGUAGUAUAUAGCGCCCCCGGUGCCGUCCCCUGGGGAGCCUUGGAAGCGGAGACCUUUGCGUACAGGGAGGACGAGUGCUCGCUGGCCCGAAGCGCAACGCAACGACUCGCCGACUCGCCCCCGCCACCACUUGAAGCUCCUGGAUCACUAAGGAGCCACACUGCCGGUGCCGGCCAGGCCCCGCCUACAUUUCUGGCAGCAGGAGCAGCGGCAGCACCGACUCCCAAGGCAAGCGAGCGACCGAGCGGCCGGUGCGCACCAAAGCUGGCAGCAGCCGCUGGCCGGCCAAUGUAUUCUUCUCCACCGCCGGCCUGGGAGAAGCGCAGCAGCGGCGGCGGCGACGACCAGAAGCGACGACCCUGCAGGAGGUUCCGCGAGCCGGUCAGGACCCCGCACUGAUGGCAGCCGGCGCGUCGCCUUCGUCCGCGUCCCUCGCGCUCCUCGUCGCGCUGCUGCUUCUCGCCGGCUGGGCGUCGGCGGCGAACCAGACGCAGGGGUUCCGGCCCGGCGACGAGCUCCGGCGGUACAGGAGGGUGCAGGCGCUGCUCAGGCGGCUCAACAAGCCGGCGCUCCGGACCAUCCAGAGCCCCGACGGCGACCUCAUCGACUGCGUGGCGGCGCACCUGCAGCCUGCGUUCGACCACCCGAGGCUGCGCGGCCAGAGGCCACUGGACCCGCCGGUGCGGCCCAAGGGGCACCACCGCCGCCGCCCCAACGACACGGCGGGCGCCGGCGCGCAGCUCUGGGCGGCGUCCGGGGAGUCCUGCCCGGAGGGCUACGUGCCCAUCAGGCGGACCACGGAGGCCGACGUGCUCCGCGCCAGCUCCGUCCGGCGCUUCGGCAGGGCGCCCGCCGCCAGGGUGCGGCGCGACUCCGUCGCCGGCGGCCACGAGCACGCGGUGGGGUACGUCGCCGGCGACGUGUACUACGGCGCCAAGGCGAGCAUCAACGUGUGGCCGCCCAAGGUGAGCACGGCGUCGGAGUUCAGCCUGUCGCAGAUCUGGGUCAUCGCGGGCUCCUUCGGCAACGACCUCAACACCAUCGAGGCGGGGUGGCAGGUCAGCCCGCAGCUCUACGGGGACAACUCGCCGAGGUUCUUCACCUACUGGACGACGGACGCGUACCAGACGACGGGGUGCUACAACCUCCUCUGCUCGGGCUUCAUCCAGACCAACAGCCGCAUCGCCAUGGGCGCCGCCAUCUCCCCCACCUCCGCCUACAACGCCGGCCAGUUCGACAUCAGCCUGCUCGUCUGGAAGGACCCGAACCACGGCAACUGGUGGCUGGAGUUCGGCUCCGGCGAGCUGGUGGGGUACUGGCCGUCGCUGCUGUUCAGCCACCUGGCGUCGCACGCGAGCAUGGUGCAGUUCGGCGGCGAGGUGGUGAACACGCGCGCGUCCGGCUCGCACACGGCCACGCAGAUGGGCAGCGGCCACUUCGCCGGCGAGGGCUUCGGCCGCGCCUCGUACUUCCGGAACCUGGAGGUGGUGGACUGGGACAACAGCCUGGUGCCGCUCGCCGCCGGCUUCCACGUCACCGCCGACCACCCCAACUGCUACGACAUCCAGGGCGGCGUCAACGCCGUCUGGGGCAACUACUUCUACUACGGCGGGCCCGGCAGGAACGUCAGGUGCACGUAGCGAUGCAACUCCAACCAGGGGGGGUUGAAUUGAAGAACAGGAUGCAGUCAUGCAUGCAGAGGAGGAUUUUUUUUUUUUUGGUUUAAUUCCCAUGUCAAUCUUUCUUUCUUGGCAUUUUCUUUUUCUUGCCAAAGGUCCAUUUCUCAAAAGGGAGAAUCCACCAUCAUGUAACUUCUACAUUUUUCUUUUUCAUUGUUUUUGGCGGUCUAAAACAGAAGGGUUGGGUGCCAGGUAUGGUCAGUGCAAACUAGUCAGGUUCAUCAGGUAGUGACGAGUUGCAAUGUAAAAGCCCCCUAAACAAUGUAGCAAGCUAGCAGUAUAUACAUUUGCAUUGUCCAUCAACAACAACCAGGCCUUGCUCUAUUUGGCAAUUUGCU